GCCUUGAUGCUGCUGUUCGCCGCCGUGGCUGUCAGCCAUACAGCUUUCUGCCUGACCUGUGCUUUCUACCUUGCUACAAUUCAUGAUAUCAGCUCGGACAAUCCUGCUCUAUGGAACUAAAACUCGUGUAUCGCGGACUCCGGGCGCUUUCUGACGUCGUCCUCGACUUCUACUCGGACAUCCAUGUCGAGGGAGCUCACAAUGUACCCGCGGAUGGCCCGCUCAUCGUUGUAUCGUGCCACCAUAAUGAGAUUCUCGAUAUCGCCACCCUCGCGGUGACGAUCCCGCACCGCCGACGGCUCUGCUUCUGGGCCAAGUCCUCGCUCUUCAAGAACCCGCUCGCCCGCGCGAUCCUGGUGAGCUCCGGGACCAUACCUGUGCGGCGCAACCCCAACAGCGCCGCUGCCGACGGAUCUACGCACGUCACAGAAAACAAUGGCGGUGAAAUAGGAAGUGUAGGCGGGAGUGGAGGUGGAGUUGCGAGGGCGAGUGGAAGCGGGAACGAGGCGCGCCAGGCGCUCUUUCGGGAGACGUUCCGCGCGCUGGACGAAGGCAGGGGCGGCGCGGUCGGCGUUUUCCCGGAGGGCACGAGCUAUACGGAGCCGCGGAUCGUGCAGGUGAAGGAGGGGGCAGCGUGGGCGGCGCUGGAGUACUUGCGUUGGCGGGAGGGGCGCGGUGGGGUUGGUGGGAGGGUGUUGGUCGUCCCAGUGGGCAUCGUGCACACGGCGAAGGCAAGGUACCAGAGUCGGAUGGCUGUCAGGUGGGGUGCCCCCAUAGACGUUGCAUCGUUUGCACACGACCUGAAUGUACAGACGGACGAAGAUAUACGGGCCGCUGUGCGAAAGCUUACGGAGGAAAUUGAGCGGUGCAUGGUCGAGCUUACCGUCAACGCUCCGGACUGGGACACCCUGUAUGUCGCGAGGAUAGCUAGGGAUAUACUAUGGGACGACGAACGGAAUAUUCCCAUGCAACAAUUUCCGGAUGUCUCUCAGGCCCUGAUUGACCUCUUCUCCACACCAAACCCUCCACCCUCACUCUCUCAAGCACGCAAGGCACUCCUCACCUACUACGCCCUCCUGCACUACAGCAACAUCUCCCACGGGGACCUCACCGCGCUUCUCCCAAACAUCCGCCUCGCCUCUCCGCCCUCGCGUGCUCGCGCAAUCUCGCUCGCGGUCCGCCAGCUGCUCGUGACCGUCCUCCACCCGCGCUCCCUGCUCUUCUUCCCUGCGUUCGUGGCGCACCUGCCGGCGUACGCACUCGCCGCCACGGCGAAGCGUGCGCUCGCGAGUCCGCGUCAGGAAGAGACGCACACGCAGUACAAAGCCAUUUUCGGAAUGGUUGGGGCUGGUGCUAUGUAUGGCCUCCUUGGCAGUCUGCUUGCCCGGAUGAUAGGGCAUUCGCCGAUACUGGCGGCCGUGGACAGGGCUGUCAAUCACUCGGAUGACAGUCUUAGGAUGGCGCUGGAGGUAGUGCAGCGUGUUGGUGUCUGGCUGGCCCAGCACGGUACGGUGACGGAUGGGUUGGUGCUGGCUGGGUCGAUUUACGUGACGGCCAAGGUUUUGUCGAGGUGGCAUAAUGCUCUGGUUGGAGCGAGCCUCAGGCAAGCUCAACGCCUCACCACCGCGCUCAAACUCGCCCGCGGCAUCUACUCGUCCCCUUCCUCGGAUCUAACCCCCGAGCAGCUGGAGCUGUACGGAUCACCCCCGGAACCACCAGCCAACCGCUUCAUCAAGCGUCGCCCAAGUCCUCAAUCGCCCGCAGGGCCUUCCCCAAGCGUAACACCUGCCGUCCCACAGAAGGGCUGCCAAAAUCGCGUGCCUCCGUCAUGGAAGUUCGUUCGCCCGCUGCUCGAAGCCCGCAGUGAGGCGUCAUAUGCGCUUUCGGAUUCCCUCGCUGAUUUGGAGAUGCACGCUGCGUCACCAGGACGGGACAGUGCCGUGUCGUCCGAGUCGCGGGGCCCUCCAGCGGUUCUACGCCAGCUGAGGCAGCUCGGGGCGUGCUUCUGAGUUCUCAGAUUGUCAUGGUUUAUGAUCCUUCCGUGGUUCCCCAUCUGUCCGCAUCUGUGUUGAGAUGCUGAGUCUGAUGCUGUACGAGAUUAUAUAGAUUC